GAUUCCUCCUGCCAUCGCUGUACAAGCAGCACCUUCCAGCAGGCAGCGCCGAGCAGGGGCCAGCGAUUCUAGUCCAGAUCUUGGCGGCCAAGUUUACUGUGAUUAUAACUUUGCUCAUUCAAAUUUUGACCAGCACCGGGUGCAUCUUUCCGUCGCUAAAGGCUGCAAAGGCGCUUUCUCCAUGGCCACCUGCCUCUCAGCCGCUACAAGUGGACGGAGAGCUGGCUGAAGAGCCUGAGAGUUGGAGCCUCACUUGGAGCCCCCUCCCUCCCGAGCUGCUUCCUGGGGGCUCCGCCAGGGUCCUGCUCUCGCCCCUGCCCGAUCCAGGGCAAACACAUCCCCAGGACUCAGCAUCCUCCCGCUCCGCGGUGGGCAGGGCCCAGAACCCAGGGACCUCACUGCAGCUGUGAACCCAUUGGGCUGUGGCAGGGACCAGCAGCUCCUCUCCCCCCGCUGUCGUGGGGAGAGGGUAUAAGAAGGGCUCGGACGCGGCUUUCCCAGCCACACCGAGCGGCGGCCGGGCUGCAGCAGCGUCCGCGGGCGAGCGGCCCCAUGAGCCGGCAGCUGGGCGCGCGGGGCUCGGACGGGGAGGACGAGGAGGAGGAGGAGGAGAUCGACACCGUGGGGGCCGAGGAGGUGGAAGGGCGCAGGGGCGUGCAGGGGGAGCCCGAGGGGAAGCCGCCCUACUCCUACAUCGCGCUCAUCACCAUGGCCAUCCUGCAGAGCCCGCAGCAGAAGCUGCCGCUGAGCGGCAUCUGCGCCUUCAUCCGCGGCCGCUUCCCCUACUACCGCCGGCGCUUCCCCGCCUGGCAGAACAGCAUCCGCCACAACCUCUCGCUCAACGACUGCUUCGUCAAGCUGCCGCGGGAGCCGGGCAGCCCGGGCAAGGGCAGCUACUGGGGCCUGGACCCGGCCUCGCAGGGCAUGUUCGACAACGGCAGCUUCCUCCGCCGCAGGAAGCGCUUCAAGCGCCCCCCGCCGCCUCCGCCCCCCGCCCCGCCGCCGCCGCCGCCGCCGCCGCCCCUGCUCUGCCCGCCCUGCGCCCUGCUGCCCCGCGAGCCGCUGCGCUACGUGCCGCCAGAGGCCGGGCUCCCGCUGCACCCCGCCUGCCUGCCGCGCCGGAGGGCGGCCGGCUGCGCCCUGCACCUGGGGCUGCUGCUGCUGCGGGAGCAGGAGGCGGCCGGGCGCAGCAGCGCCGCUGCCCCCGGCCGCGGCUGCUCCUUCAGCAUCGAGAGCAUCCUGACGGGCAGCGAGCCGGCCCGCGCCCGCCGCCGCCGCCGCCGCCGGCCGCCUGCCCUGCGGGCCCCAUCCCUGCCCCGCGCCCCCUGCCUGCUGCCCGCGGCGCUGCUCGGCGUGGCCUCGCCGCGGGACGCCGCCUGCUGCCCCGGGGCCGGGAAGGGCGCCCGCCUCGUCGGGCCCAGCCCUGGGUGCGGCGGCGGCGCGCUGGCUGCCUGCUCGGGCCCUGCCGGGCUGCUGCCCCGUGGAGCGGCACCGGCCGCCUUCUAGCGCCCAACGGGACCGGCGACCCCUGCCGGGGACGUUGCGCGGACACCCUGGUGGGUGGCGUUAGUGCCUCAAGCAACUUCAUGCUCCGAUCGGGAGCUGCCCGGCCCGGGCCCUGCCUCGCGUUUGCCGUCGGGGCGGGGGGCUUCGGCACUGUCCCCCCCAUCCGUCUCUGGGUGGCGAUUGUCAUGGAGCGCCUGACUUUAUGCUGCGAGCUGAAACUGACCGAUCCUGCUAAACUUGCAGCAGCUCCGGCUCUGGCGUGUGGCGAUCAUGCAGCAAAUAAUCCCCUCAUAGGUGUGCGGUGGCUGUAAAAUGUUUACAAAGCGAAAGCCUUUAAAUGAGGGUUGUUUUUUUAAGGAACAGGUCACCGGGCACUAUAGUGAGCCUUGCUGUUUUUCUCCCUGUGCAACGUCAAAAGCGCAUCCGGUCUGUAUUAUCUGAGUGAGAAAUGAACUAAGCGGGUAACUUGUGGGAUUCAAACAAAAACUUCAAACAUAGGACAACUUCCACUAUAAUAAGUUUCCUUUUCUCUUCCUUUGAACGACAAACUUUUCAAAAUUCCAAACGUACAAUACUUACGUAUCCUGUGUUUCCUCUUGUAACGGGUUUGCAAUAUAAAUAGACGUUGCAGCUGAAUAUUUAUUGCCUGUGAUCUGUAUUUGCAGCUUCCGUGGGGAAAUGUUAACAUAAACUUGUGUAUAGCCUAAAUAAAAAACAAUAUAGUGCUUGUCUUUCCUUUUUCUGAAGUCAGUUACAGAGGCUAACACAAUAAGCAUAUGCUCAUCAUAAUAUGUAUAAAAUCCAGCUGGCCAACUUUCCAAACGAAAGCGACCUUUUCGCUUUUAUGUUUUAAUGAGAGCGAAAGGGUCAUUUCGAAGGCCCUCUAUGGGGUGUAUUUCCGAGUGUUUCGGAUAUUUAGAUUUAGGGGUUAUUUCUAUAUGUUAUUUGACUGCAUAUAAAAUCAGAGGCGUUUUUUUGUUCAAGCCCUAGUAGAAGCCGAUUUAAAUUGAGAUCCGAACUGCCAGUAGCUUCACUGAGAGCAGGAUCGGACCCGUACAUUGGGAUACCAGGUGUCACCUUCCUCCCCACAAUGAGCAAUGAGAACAACCUAGGAGAUGAAAAAGAAAUGGCACUCGUUUCUCUGAUUCUUAG